AUGAGAGAGGGUAAUAAUACCACAGGCCACCAUCAUCCACAAGGAAUGAGAGAUGGUAAUAAUACCACAGGCCACCAUCAUCCACAAGGAAUGAGAGAGGGUAAUAAUACCACAGGCCACCAUCAUCCACAAGGAAUGAGAGAUGGUAAUAAUACCACAGGCCACCAUCAUCCACAAGGAAUGAGAGAUGGUACCUAUACCACAGGCCACCAUCAUCCACAAGGAAUGAGAGAUGGUACUAAUACCACAGGCCACCAUCAUCCACAAGGAAUGAGAGAGGGUAAUAAUACCACAGGCCACCAUCAUCCACAAGGAAUGAGAGAUGGUACUAAUAUCACAGGCCACCAUCAUCCACAAGGAAUGAGAGCUGGUACCUAUACCACAGGCCACCAUCAUCCACAAGGAAUGAGAGAUGGUACUAAUAUCACAGGCCACCAUCAUCCACAAGGAAUGAGAGAUGGUAAUAAUACCACAGGCCACCAUCAUCCACAAGGAAUGAGAGAGGGUACUAAUACCACAGGCCCACCAUCAUCCACAAGGAAUGAGAGAGGGUAA